AUGGAUUAUAAGUCACUUGACGCAGAUCGGAAGGAAUUCCGACUUCUUAGGCUACGAUCGCGUUCUUAUCAGCCUCCUCCAUCGCAAGAAGAAUCUGAGCUCAAAGGCAUCAAUGUGUUUUGUGAGCUGGAGCACGCAUUCCGAGGAGAUUGCGACUCAUAUACCGCUCUCUCAUACGCGUGGGGCGACAUGAACAUCAAUAAUUUACAGCCAGUUUUUGUUAGUGGUGCAAUCAUCAAGGUGAGCUUCAAUCUUGGAGCUGCUCUCAGAGAAUUGCGUAAUGAACAGAACGAUCUGCUGCUAUGGGUUGAUCAAAUCUGUAUUGACCAGAACAAUAUCGCAGAAAGGGAAGAGCAGGUACAGCAAAUGCAGGAAAUAUAUACCAUGUCGGCUCGAGUAGUCGCUUGGAUAGGACCAGCUGCCGAUGACAGCGACAUGAUUAUUGCACAUUUGACCUCGAUAGGAGAGAGAGCUGAAAAGGUAUGGAACAUGCAUUUGUUCGGGAGAGUUUAUGAGGCCGCUAUACAGCACGCGUUUAUGGAGGUGCUUCCUAUUCUCGCUGACCGUAAAGCUCUUGGAAUAAUGUCCAAGGCAUCUACAAAAUUCCUACAGCGGGAAUACUGGAAAAGACUUUGGAUUAUACAGGAGUUUGCCGUGGCUCCCAGGGUUGAUGUACUAUGUGGCGGACAACUUAUCCGCGAUACUACACUCACAACAGCUCUCAACUGCAUCCUAAGUGUGAUUUACUACCUUGAAGAUCACGGGGUGAAAGGAACUGGACACAAUCUUGCGACCUCUGGCCAUACGAUUAUCGAAGCUUACAUGCCUAUUCUCUCAGCCUCUAAAUUCGUCAGAGAGGUAACAUCACGGCGCAGCGACUAUCGGAAAUCAAAAUUCAUUAGUAGAGAAAACACUCUGUUCCAUAACGUCGUUUCCACAUCCGUGACGAGAGAUAAUACUGGUAAUCAUGAAUGCACAGAUCCCAGAGAUCGUAUCUUUGCAGUUCUAGGGCUCGCAUUGGACGCUGUCUGUUUCGAUAAAUUCCCGGAUUACAGAAGUAGUGUCGAAAACGUUUAUACAGAGCUAGCUAUGAAGCUGUUGAAAAAUGGGCCUAUUGAUAUACUUGCCUACUGCGUCCGUACCGAGCCAAGAUCAAUGCAGUCUUGGGUCCCGGACUGGCGUAUGGCGGGAUUGGAGCCAAAUUCAUAUAGCCCAUGGAGAAAUAACUUGGCAUUUUUAGCAUCUGGACGCAAGAAGUUUGAAGGAGAUGUGAAUUUUAUAACUGGCCGCAUGCUCUCCAUCAAGACGGCGGUUGUUGAUACCGUGAUGGCAUUCGGAGAUGUCUGGAGUCCUGACCGGCGCGGGAAAUUGGACCCGGAAGCCACACUCAGAUAUCUUUCUGAGAUCCGAGGGUUUUGUGCUCAGUCUGAACGGACUAAAUCGGAUGAAGUAGAUUCCAACACCUCUAAGAUUGCUAUUGCAAAUUUUGAACGAGCGGGCCAUUCAGAGUAUUCUCUGGAUUUCGAAUUGAAAAGCUACCAGCAAGUCCGAACUACGUUCACGGGUGGAGGAGACCAUACUACUGAUUCCAGCAAUGGUGUUCGGUUUGAUAAUUUCACUAGAUAUUGCAAUUUGAUGAGACGGCUCCGACCGUGUCGACCUUUCAUAUCAGCUACGGGAUAUGUUGGCCUCGCACCACCACACGUGGAAACUGGAGACAAGGUGGUUGUAUUCCUAGGUGGUUUGGUACCAUAUAUCAUUCAUCCAAGUGGUCCUGAUACACAUACACUAGUGGGUGAAGCAUACGUUCAUGGUGUUAUGUUUGGGGAACACAUGGAGGGCAAUCCUAAGAUUGAGACGCUCAUACUGGAGUAA